AUGGGUAGGUGCGUUUAGUUAAUUAUAUCUUAAGAUUUUAGCUCUCUUAAGGCCGAAAAGGUAAUAAAAUUAGAUGGGAAAAAUGAAAAUCAAAUCCAAAAGAAGUUAAUAUUCUUAAAUCUCUAAUCUCAUACAAAUAUAAUAUAAUUUAGAGAAGCUUACAAAACUUAAAAAGGAAAUGUGCAUAUUGUAAUGGAAUAUGCAGGCGGUAAUGGUGAUUUAGAAAAAAAAAUCAAAGAUGCUAAAGGCAAAUAUUUCCAUGAAAGUAAAAUAUUACAUUGGUUUUAUUAAAUAUGUUCGGCAAUUAACCAUAUACAUAAUAAAAAUAUAAUUCAUAGAGAUAUUAAAGCAGAAAACAUUUUCUUAACAAAAAAGGUGAUAUUAAAGUAGGAGAUUUCGGAAUAUCAAGAAUUUUGGAAGAACCAUUUGAAAAAGUGCAAUCUUAGAUUGGGACAACUAUAAUUUAAAGAACCUUAUACAACUAUGACUGACAUUUGGUCUUUAGGAGUUUUACUGUAUCGAUUAUGUGCUUUAAAGUACCCAUUUGAAGGAGAUUAAUAAUAUUAAGUUUUAUAAUCAAUUGCUAAAUGUAGUUAUCAACCAAUUCCUAACAAAUAUUCUGAUAGUAUGAAAUAACUUAUAGAAAGUAUGUUGUAAAUAGAUGAAACAAAGAGACUUACUGCAUAAUAAAUAUUAGGUAAAGAUCAUGUUUACUUCUAGAUUAAAUUAAAAAUCUACCUAAUUAAAAUUUAGGUUUUCCAUCGAUAAAACCUAAAAUCUCACAUGCUCCUCAACUAAGACUAAUACCGCCUCUUCAAUCAAAUUAAUAAGUUAUAAAAAAUUCCAACAAUAAUAAUUGCAAUUAAAAUAAAUUACAAUAACAAUAAAAAUAAUAGCUAAUUUAACAAUAAGUAUAAAAUCCUUUUAGGAAAAAGAAUUAAAAAAUAUAAUUAGCACCUCUCCCACCAUAAGGAGGAGCUUAUUUAACUUCUUAGUAGAAAAAGGACGUAAUGCAAAUUCCACAAACAAACGACAAAGAAAUUUAGUAAAAGAUUUCUUCAUAUAAAGAUUAAGCUACUUAACAUACGAGAAAAAUAAGAAAAAUAUAAAAUAAAAUUUAGAGAAAUCCAAAAGUUAUAACAGGGCCACCAUAAGCUUAAUAGCCUCCAAUAAGAACUUAAAAUUAAUUGUCUCGGAGGCUUCUUUUACAAGUUAAGAAAGGAUAGGACAUCUUUAAAAAAUAAUACAAAGGCAUUGAUGAUUCAGAAAUGUAAUAUCAGUAUCAUUUUGAAUUAUCACUUCAAAACCAGAUAUUGUAGAAAAAAUAGUAGGAAGAAACUUUCUAAAUUUAAGAGAAAAUCAAAAAAAUUUUACUCAAAAAAUAAGAAUAAAGCACAAAUAGACGCCUUAUUGAAAAUUGAAAUUAUAAUACGAUAAUGGCAUUUAAUACAAUUGUAAUUUUAUUAUCUAUUAUAAUUUCUUGGAUUUUCAUAUAAUAUUUUUUAUCAUCACAUCAUUAUCUUUGAUUUGAAGAUAGGAUUUAUAGAAAUAAAUUUAUAUAAAACUAUGCAAAACAAUAGUUUAGAGUAAUCAUUCGCUAAUUACGUUAAUAAGUUAAAUAGCUAUUCUGUUCUAAAAAUUAAUUAGGAUUCACAAUACAAAUUUCGAACAUCAAAUUUACCAAAAUUAAUAGUUCCAUCUCCUUUUGAAUCAAGUGAAAUGCUGAAUUAUUUAGAAAGGGCUAAGUUCCCUAAAAAAUCUGAUCUUAAUAAAAGUGCAUAUAUUGACUUGAAAUAAGAAGACACUAGAAGUUUUAAUUAAUUACCAAAUGAUCUAUACUAAUAAUUGGAGCCAAAAACUGUUAAACUAUACAGAAGUAAAAUUUUAAUUAAAAAUACCAAAAAGUUAACAGCAGUUGAUGAGAAGCAGACAAAAAUAAUUUGA